AUGUCGGGUAUUCCGGUGUACACGCGAGUCGAUACUGCAUCGAAGGCUUCUGGAGUAACCCCCCAAACGGCUGCGCCUGGAUCUUAUAAGGAUUCCUCUGGUGGUCCCAAUCCUGUGGCCGCCUCAACGACCACAUUAUCAUCAUCAUCAUCAUCUUCAUCAACAUCAACGUCAACAUACCCAUCCGCAAGACCAGGCGCUGCCGCGGUCCCCGCGCCAACUGGAGGACUGCCGCCGCCGCAAUGGCCAUCGAAUUUCCACGGCGACACCGAGGGUCCGCCAGCGCCGCAACCUGGUGCUGUGCCCACUCCGUUCAGCAGCCAGCACGUGCCUCCUCCUCCACCCCCUAAGGCUGGUGAAGUGUAUCAUCCGCCACAUCAGAUGGCAGGGCCUCCAGCGACUCAGUCGAUGCCACAGCCCUAUCCUCCUCAGAUGUCGUUUGCGCCUCCUGGUUCCGCUUUUGGUGGUCAGCCGCCAGCAUCUUCCAUGUCUACAUCAAACACUGCGUCAUCAGCAUACCCCAUUUCGCUACCCACGGACGGAGGUGGAUAUCCUCAACGCAGCGCUGAGCAAGCAUCGGGUUACCAGCAGAAUGUUUAUGCAUCAGAGCUUACAAACGACCAAAGACCGGGAAAUGAGGCCAAUAAUGCGUCCAGCUCGGGGAAAGGAGACGGGAUGGAAUCUGAUAGCAUGUGGAAUUCACUAGGAAGGAUGGCCCAGCAGGCCGGUGCGAAGAUCGCAGCAGCAGAAGCGGAUGUAUGGCGCAAGAUCAACAAGGAAUAA